AUGCAAAUCGGACUUCUUUCUCUUGGAUUCCUCGCUUCUGCUGCUCUUGUCUCUACCGCUCCUGUCGCUAGUAACUCAUUACUUGAUGUUGUUGGCAACGAUGUCCGUCUUACAGACACUUUGAGCGAUAUUGCCAACAACCUUCGUAUCACUGACAACUUGAAUGAUUUGGCUGUCAAUGUUGCCAACAAGAGAAGUGUUAACCAACGUCGCUACUACGAGUAUGACGAAGAAGAAGAAGACGAAAACGAACCCGAUGAGAACGAGCAUGAUGAGAACGAAAACGAGCCUGAUGAAGAAGAAGAAGAUGAAAAUGAAGCUGAUGAAGCCAGCAUUGCCCCUAGUGUUGCUCGCCGUGAAUGGGAAGAAGACGAAAAUGAAAAUGAAGCUGAUGAAGCCAGCAUUGCCCCUAGUGUUGCUCGCCGUGAGUGGGAACAAGACGAGGAAGAAGAAGACGAGUACGAAGUAGAUGAAAACGAAGCUGAUGAAGAUGGUUACUAUGACAAGCGUAACGGUGUUAAUGGUUUGCCCCUCAACCUUGAUGUUGUUGACCAAGUUCUUGGUGCAUCAGCCAAUGGUCAAGAACAAGAGAGUGGUAUUUUCUAA